ACCACCGGAAGUAAACAAUAGAAGAGCUGGUAGCGUUAGCGUCAUCUGUGAUCGGUUAUUACCGCGAGUCUCAGCGCUGAUAAUCAGAUCAUAUCUGAUCAGACCAUCAUCAUGUCCUCUGUAGAGUAUCUGAGGGAGUUUGUGUCCGAGCGGCUGACUGCUGCCGCCGAGGAGAUCUUCAGGGUCUUUAAGAGCACCAUCAUGGAGUAUGAGGAGGAGAUCCACCGUCAGAGGAGGCUGCUGGACAACAUCUGGAAACCUACAGAGCUCCCACAGCAGAGUGUCUGUAAGGAGGAGGAGGAGGUUCAGGAGAGGAGCUCCACUGUGGACCAGGAGGACCUUGAGCCUCCACACAUCAAAGAGGAGCAGGAGGACCUGUGUAAGGAGGAGCUGGUCCUGAAGCAGGAGACAGACGCGUUUAUAUGGAACCCUUCAUACGAGGACAGCGAGCAUGACGAGGAUCAGACGGUGACCUUCAGUCCUGAUGAGACGGCAGAGGACGAUUCUGGAGGACACAUCCCCAGUAUUAGCUUUGUGCUAACAGAUCCAAACAGAGAGCAGCAGCUCCGUCCCCACAGCUCCCAUCAGCCUGAGAGACAGAGGCACACAGGAGGCGGGGACGGAGACACAGGGUCAACCAGAAACGCAGACGCACAACCAAAGACUCAACAUCACGUCAACCAAAGUCACAGCAACAACAUGGCCAACAUGUCGGGGACAUACCACCACACAGGGAAGAAGUCCUUCAGGUGUGACACCUGUGGGAAGGACUAUAAGUACAGGUCCCUGCUGCAGAGACACCUGAGGACACACACAGGUGAGAAGCCAUUCACCUGUAAGAUCUGCGGGAAAGGUUUAAAGAGCAGCACGACGCUGACCGUCCACAUGAGGACACACACCGGAGAGAAGCCGUACGUCUGUAAGAUCUGCGGGAAGAGAUUCUGUGAUGUGUCGGCGCUCAUCGUCCACAUGAGGAUCCACACAGGUGAGAAGCCAUACACCUGUAACACCUGUGGGAGGGCCUUCAGACUGGGCGGCGACCUGACCGUCCACAUGAGGACGCACACAGGCGAGAAGCCGUAUGUCUGCAAGAUCUGCGGGAAGAGAUACGUCGGUGCAUCCAAUCUGGCGAGACACAUAAGAUCACACACGGACAAGUAGCGUCAUCAACACAUCAGCUGGUUCACACACACAGAGGUCACACAGGUGAGGAGACACACCUGAGACACCUGUGGGACAAAGUUUGACUCAAGUCUGAUUCAUGAGGAAGAAAAAACACCUGAGGAACACCUGACAGGAUGAACACCGAGCUGACGCUGCUGCAGAGGCGAGCUCACCUGAAGGACACACUUCACAGCAGAGAGGUGGACUCAAGUCACAUGACUGAGUCACAUGACUGGACUCAAGUCAGAUUCAAGUCACAAGUUUGAUGACUUUAAUAAUGAUAAACUUUAUUCAUAGAGCACAUUUCAUAAAGAGAUGCAGCUCAAAGUGCUUCACAAUAAAGAUGCAAAACAAACGCAACGAGAGUUACUGCCCCUCAGUUGUAUGACUCUGCCCACCUCCAACGAGACGAUAAUAAAGUCCUGACAUCCUCAGACGAGACGAUAGUAAAGUCCUGACGUCCUCAAACGAGACGAUAGUAAAGUCCUGACGUCCUCAGACGAGACGAUAGUAAAGUCCUGACGUCCUCAGACGAGUGGAUAGUAAAGUCCUGACGUCCUCAAACGAGAAGACAGUAAAGUCCUGACAUCCUGAGACAAGUGGAUAGUAAAGUCCUGACGUUCUCAAACGAGACGAUAGUAAAGUCCUGACGUCCUCAAACGACACGAUGGUAAAGUCCUGACAUCCUCAAACGAGAAGAUAGUAAAGUCCUGACAUCCUCAGACGAGACGAUAGUAAAGUCCUGACAUCCUCAGACGAGUGGAUAGUAAAGUCCUGACAUCCUCAGACGAGACGAUAGUAAAGUCCUGACAUCCUCAAACGAGACGAUAGUAAAGUCCUGACAUCCUCAGACGAGUGGAUAGUAAAGUCCUGACGUCCUCAAACGAGACGAUAGUAAAGUCCUGACGUCCUCAAACGAGACAAUAGUAAAGUCCUGACGUCCUCAGACGAGUGGAUAGUAAAGUCCUGACAUCCUCAGACAAGACGAUAGUAAAGUCCUGACAUCCUCAGACGAGUGGAUAGUAAAGUCCUGACGUCCUCAAACGUGACGAUAGUAAAGUCCUGAUGUCCUCAAACGAGACGAUAGUAAAGUCCUGACAUCCUCAGACGAGUGGAUAGUAAAGUCCUGACGUCCUCAAACGUGACGAUAGCAAAGUCCUGAUGUCCUCAAACGAGAAGAUAGCAAAGUCCUGAUGUCCUCAAACGAGAAGAUAGUAAAGUUCUGAUGUCCUCAAACGAGACGAUAGUGAAGUCCUGACAUCCUCAAACGUGACGAUAGUAAAGUCCUGAUGUCCUCAAACGAGAAGAUAGCAAAGUCCUGAUGUCCUCAAACGAGAAGAUAGUAAAGUUCUGAUGUCCUCAAACGAGACGAUA